CGGAGCGGGGGCACUGCGGCAGGCAGCGUGAGCCAGUGUCUCUCCAGCUAUGUGAGUGGGAGGUUGUCUGCGCGCUGCACCCUCACCCGCACACGUGGAACUCUUAUCCACGUAGGGCUUCAGCUUGCUAUAUGUAUCAAAUUCUUCAUUAACUAUAGUGCUCCCGGAAACAUCUCCAUCUGUGCAGUGACUGGCAGGACAAAGCCACAGUGGUGUUGCCUCAUUGCGGUAUUAUGCAAUAGUUUACUUGGACUGUUUAGUAAGAACGCCAGCUGGUGGUUUCCCCGGACGCCUGCUGUCUGAUCCAGGUGGCGUGGACUGCAAACCCAACCUCGGCAAAAAAGAAACAAAGGAAAAUUCUCGACCGGAGACCAGCGUCAGGUGGUGUAAUUGAAGUAUGUGUAAAAAAGAGAGGUUGGCCGGGCCGCCCAGGCUGUAGGGCAGAGUGAGGGCGCGGGCGUGAAGAACUGGGACCUGCAGAGCUCGGUAGUGAGUCAUGGCUGCAGCGUGAUGGUGGGUGUGGCCAGUCCAUAAUAUGUAAUGAAGGUCCGUGGCUGGACGUGGGCCACGUCAUGGGCGGUGGUGGGCCUGUGGGCGUCUGUCACACUCCUGGUGGCCAUGGCCUCGCUUGCCGCUCUCUUCACACCCACGUGGUUCGUGAGACAUUCACCCUCCCCUCCUGUCAUGUUCGGAGUCUGGGCCUGGUGUCGGGGCGGCCUCAACGACCAACGAUGUGCAGCUGUCGGCCAAGGUGUCGGGGACGCCGACGGUGCUCUGCCCUCUGCGGUGUGGGUGAUGGUGGGGGCCGUGUAUGGUGGAGGUGGGGCACUACUGGCAGUCACUGGCCUCGCUGCCCUCCUCACUCCCAUCCUUCCCACUACUCACGCACGCGCCGCACUCGCCCACGUCGCCGGGAACAUCCAGGCAGCCGCAGUGUCGCUGCAGGCCGUGGGUCUCGUCUUGUACCCGCUGGGUCUGGGGUCGCCCUUCGCCCGCCUUCAGUGUGGAGACUCUGCUUCUGUGUAUGCGUCAGGGAGCUGCGAGCUGGGCUACGCCUAUAUGUUGGCGCUGGUGGCCACUGCCCUAGCGGCCUACUGUCCUGUGCUGGCCAGGCUCGUCACCUACAAGGAUUACACGGACUACUGGUCGAACCUUAACUAUAUGUGAUGUCCCUGUGUGCCCCGAGGUAACCUCGCUGGGCACAGUAAUGAUAACUCUCCUGCUGAGGAAUGUGACGGCAAGUUUUAGCAAUCUCAGUGCUGUUCAUGAAUAUCAGUGGCAAGUACUGGUGACAGAAGAGGAAUAUUUCAGCCAACUAAUAAAAGACUCAGUGAAUUUGUUGGUCAAACUGCGCAAAUGAAAAUACAGAAAAAGAUCUUGGUUCGUAGCAGACGUUUUGAGCAGCACUUCCUGGUAGUGUGAGAGAAGGGAACGUCAAGCGCAACAGUUUUUUGUGUUGGUGUGGUGCACCAGUAGAUGGACGUCACAUGACUGUAUACACGAACAUACAAGCGAUAUUAUACAGAAACGACCCCUGAAGGUCGCGGUGAUGCUCUGGCAGCUGACGUCAUAUCUAGAUGUAAGCGAGUGUGCAUUCACCAGAUGACGGUGUGUGGGGAACUUUGUCGCACCUGCUCACUCAGCUAGAAUUUAUAGAGAACGUGGGGGUUUCUGGCGACUCCUCAUUAUGCGAACUGGAAGGAAAUAGAGCAGAUAUUUCAUUGAAACAAAAGUGUACUGAAGUUGUUUGUAUACGUUUAUCUUGUGGCGUUUCUUAAAAUGGUAGCAUUAUUCUGAGUGCCACUCGCAACAUGUCCUUCGUGAAGAUGGGCAUUUUUUACUUGCAAGUAGUGUUGUCGGUACAGCACAGUAGAGCCGCUCACUGCUAGGGAACGAAUUUCAUCCCCAUUCAGAGAUGCGCACUGACUGAUGAAACAUAAAGCCACUGAUAUAUCACACAGAAGCUCAAACAACACCAAAGGACUGUUUGAUUUAUGUUUCUCCACUGACACCGAAGUGGGUCUGCCACAUUAGUAAUUUCUGACCCCGACUAUUGACUUAGUGACGCCAUCCAACUUCCGAGUCUCUUAGUCCACUAGAUAUUGUGCCACACUCCCGCCUGUCGCGAGCCUCUAGAAACCAGAAGGAAAUGGUUACUGAAAUUAAAUUUAAUAUUGCCGUAGGAUGGAAGAAUGAUCGGGGAAACAUUGCCCUGCCGAGAUGGAAGAACUUUAGGAAAGCAUUGUGGCAAAGUUAAGAAUACUGGAUGUCUAUUAUGGUGAUUUUAAUGAGUCAUGACGGGAAAAAGGCGAUAAUGGAACUGUUGCCAACCAUUUCAUUAAGCAAGCAAAAAACAAGUCACCGAGACUUUGACUUGUUAGCUAUACAGUAAUUUAUUCUAUUUGUUUAUCAUUACGCUUGAUACAAUGUAUUAAUAUAUUUGACCCCAUACAUCGUGCAGAUGACACUGGGAUGAUGACGGCGUCACUGUUGCAGGAGAUGUCACUAAGAUUUUGCAGAACAAAGAAAAGAUGUGUUUUGAAAGUUUGUGUAUGAGAGAGAGAGAGAGAGAGAGAGAGAGAGAGAGAGAGAGAGAGAGAGAGAGAGAGAGAGAGAGAGAGAGAGAGAGAGAGAGAGAGAUGUGUUCAUAACAAAUUAUCGUUAGAAAUACGUAAAAUAAUUUUCCACACUUCGGAAAAGGAAGGGAAAAGGAAGAGGAAGAGGAAACAGACAGCCUUGCAGUCGCGAUGAGCGUCACGCCGAGUAGGAACACCAACCCGCCCCUCACCCAGCUCCGGUUAGGCUCCACGUCGAGACUUGUGAGCGGGGUUGCUUCCCCGCCGGGCGCGCAGCCAGACAAAUAGGGUCUCAUUAGGAGUUAAUUGAAGAAUUUGCAUGUUGAUUCUAUGGUGAAUUUAUCCUGCGCAUCUGAGCGUAGACGCCGCCAGCAGCUCCAACACUUGUCGGAAUGGAAGCUACUCCCUGCAACAGAUGCAGUGUUUCCAUUUACUCCCAACCUUCAAGUUUUCGUUCACAAUGCUGUAAACUUCUAGACGUUAUAAUCUUACAACCUCUUGUUGUCUUAACCAUUACAGCCCAUUGUGAUUUUUUCUUAUGAAAGCCACGCGUAGUAUGUUGUUUGAGCAACUUGUUUGACAAAAUCCACGAGAAAUUCGUGGACUAAUGGCUACUACUCAGCUGUCUAGGUUUCAAGGAAUUAAUGAGUGUAAAGUGUCAUGCAUCACAUUUGUCCACUGUGUUGUUGUUGUCUCACGUCACUUGGCUCCCGAUGUCAUUACAUCUUGUUAUGUCAAAGUUACAUAAAAGGAAAAAAAAAAAAAACACAUGGAGCCUGCGAGUACUUGAGGAAAAAUGUUGUCUUCUAAGUAAAAAUAUAAAUUUGUUUUACACUUGGGUGAGUUCAUCGAGCUGUUGGUUGAAAAAAAAAUAAGACGUUAUCUGUCGUAAGUCAUGUCCCGUGGAUGAUACGAUCAGGGGCGUGGAGGAGCUGCCAGAGCCAGGUGUACCGGGCUUCACGCGCCACAUGUGCACUAGCAGAGCAAAACAGACCGCUCCUCAAGCGUGCGCAAGCUUAAGAUAAAAUUGAUGCAAACCACAAGACUUUCAGCUUAACUCCUCAUCACCACAUUAUUGAGAAAGGGAGAGAAUUACGGAAUUAUUGCAAUGAAUGUAGUUCAUCUUUCUACUGGCCUAGAUAUGUCUUUUAUUUCAAAUUUUUGUCCUCUGUAAUCCGCUAAUUAUUGAGUCACGCCCUGGUCACCGUCGCCAUCAUUAUCAGAAACGUCCACACCGCCAGCAGCCUUCAUUUGUACAUAGUGAGUGGUGACCCUUGUCAGUCACCUGCGUGAUGCCGCCGCCCCUACCUGUCCCACGCCUCGGGCCGCAGAACUGUUGAAAAUCCCUAUUUGGAACCACUUUAUCAAACACACACACACACACACACACACACACACACACACACACAGACUCACUCACACACACACACACACACACACACACACACACACACACACACACACACACACACACACACACACACACACACACACACACACACACACAAACUCACUCACACACACACACACACACACACACACACACACACACACACACACACACACACACACACACACACACACAUUGGUGGACGGAUGCGUGGUGUCCUGAAAACUUGCCCCGAAAAAGACACAUUUCAUUUCCUCCUUGACGCUGAGGUUCGUUGCUGAGGACCAGGAGAUCGAAUAUCGAAUGCCAAAUAGUAACCGCUAGUCAUAACCGCGGCGCUGGGGACGACCUCUGAGCGUCAGGCGUCACAAGCGUUGUCAGUAAUGUAUCACAAAUAUAGCGAGUCAUGAAUGACCUUGGGUACCUCAGGAAGCUAUAGAGGAUGAGGCUUUAUCUUAGCGAAGUCCGACGUUGUCCGUGGGAAGUGAGGGUGUGCAAGCAACAGCAAUCAUCCCUUUAGUACUCAAUUCCUAAUGUGUUGUAUGCAUUCAAAAAUAUUCAGUGUACAAGAGUAUUAAACUGAAGGGAUUAUUUUUCCAAUCGUGUCACAACUUCACUCUCACUCGUCACUUCAACGUCGGCUCCCUAAAUGGCUUUUGUAAGAAAGCUGUACUACAUAUCUUUUUUGUAAUAUUAUAGUAGGCUAGUGCUGUCCUAUAUGACAGGAAAGACGCUUGGAUGCCGGCGUCUGUGAGAAAACAAGUAAUGAGAUAAUUUUAGGUGCCAUUAAUAUAUUUGGUUCAGAGUAAUUUUCUGAGAAAGGUGUUACCUGUAAGAUCAAGUACUAUUCUAGUAUAUAGGAAGACGUUUUAUAACCAAAAUAUGAAAAUAAAUUAGAGAAUAUGUGUCGA